UGUCAAGAUUGACAUAUUGCUUAUUAUUCUGCCUUGAAUGUGGAUUGUUAAAAUACGUUGUAAGUUUAAUAAGUAACGGUAUGGCAAGUCGUGAAAAUAAAACUGCUACAGAAACAGCAGGAUCAAAUGAAAAUGCUGAAGAUGACUUUUCAAGUUCGUUUGCUUCAAUCCGAGGAGUUCGUUCAGUGUGUGAAACUAGCAGACAGACAAUGUCAAGUUCAGUCCUAACUGUCAAAGGUUUCCAGAGUGAAGACGGAAAUGUCUUAAGUGACAUUGCGGAAGCUGAUGUUUCAUGUCAUUCAUCUUUGUUUGGUGAGGUGAAUAGAACAGAGGUGAAUAUCAGCAAAGAAAAAAUAGCAGAACAAUGUUUGAAGUGCAGAAAAGUAGAAGCCACCCAUUUCUGCAAUGACUGUAGGCACAGACGUCAAUAUAUGUGUUAUAUUUGUCUUAAAGAUCACAACCAUUGGCAUGAAGAUCAUGAUGUUGUCACUUUAUCUGUGAAAAGUGAAGGAAAUUCAGAACUGCCAGCAAAAGACUUAAAUAGAACAGGAAUAAGCAAAGUCGCAGAUCUCCAACAACUUGAAAGGUUCCAGUUCACACAAGUGCCUUCGAAAAGUGAUACGGACGGUGAUCAGAACGAAAGGAAAAAUAUUAUAAAAGACAUGUCAACUAGAUCACCAAAAACAAACGAGGUUCGGAAACCUUCAAAUCCAGGCAGACAAGUAAAAACUACGAAAUUUUACAAUGACAAACUGCUUUUAGGUAUAGCACAAGAAGAAUUGGGAUGUCUGCAAGCCAAGUUUGGGAAACUUCAAAAAUACGGAAUGUAUUAUAUUCGAACAAAUUUUAAUACAAAGACGUGUGCUGUUACUGGAAUAGUCCAGCUAGACAAUAAAAAGUUGAUACUGGCUGACUCUGAAAACAAUGAACUCAAAAUAAUGAAUGAAGAAACUUUCAAAAUUAUUAUGACUCAUGAAUUACCUAGUAAUCCAUAUUUAGUGUGCUUCGUUAAAGAAAAUCAGGUGAUCAUCGCAUGCAUUAACUAUGAAUUUUACUUAGUCGACUUAAAUUGUGGAAUAGACAUUCAGAUAUUGUUUGAAAUUAAACAUUUGUUUAAAGGUAUCGCUUGUGCUAAACAUAAAUUAUUCGGAUGCACUUCUGACACAGUUGAAGUUUAUAACGAUACAGGCAAACAAAUUUCGAAAUUUAAACCUGUCGAUGUAACCAAUAUUGAGGACAUGUGUGUAAGCAAAGAAGGAGAUGUCAUUUAUUGUGCUGAUGAGAAGAAAGGCAUAGUUGUUCUUAACAAACAUGGAACUGUUGUUGAUAUCAUAUCGGAAAAUUUAUGCCAACCCUAUAGACUAUGUCAUGGACACCAGGGAUACAUUUUUGUGACAGAGAAAAAUUCUGACAGGGUGAUGCAAAUUGAUAUACAGCGAAAGAAAGUAGGACAAAUUGGAAAGGAUGAGUGUUAUACAAAGGACAACCCAGUUUCAUUGUGUCAUGACAACAGAAACAAUAAACUUAUAGUUGCUGUGUGGCAAAGUGACAAAAUACAUGUUUAUACUUGUCUAUAGAAUGUAUUUGACAAACCACCAAGGACGCAAUGAAUAUAUAACAUUUGAACAAAUUUGUUUUACCUUUAUCUAUCUAAAAAGUAUGUGAAAUGCCAUUAGUUGCGACCAAAAUGGGAAAGAAUAAUUUCACAAAUCCAAGAUGUUAAUAACUAAAUGCUUUUUCUAACAUUGAAAAAUAAAAAAGUUAAUAGCAGUCUAUUUUAUGACUAUACAAUAAAAUUAUUGCUUGCUGUGGCGCUGGACUUUUCAAUUCUUUUUCCUAUGUAUUAUUUAACGUUAAAUAUUUUAAAGGUUUAUGCAAGUAGAGUAUAGUAAUAUAUUUUUCUAUUUUUAGCAGAUAUCAGUGUUAAAAGGUAAUGAAUACCUUAUAGUAUUAAGUUACAAGCGUUCGAAGGGUAUUUCGUCUCGCUAUGAAUCUUUUGUUCUUUUGUUUAUAUUUGAUUUUAUGUUUUAAAGAAGACAUAACCUCAAUUUAAACCUAAUAGAUCAAUGAGAUCAUCAGAUCUGUAUGAAUUUUCGCUCAAUAUGAUACAAACACGUGCCUGCGAUUAAAAGAUAUAUUCAAUACAAUGUUGAUUGUAUUAAAUAACAUUGAAUAAUUAUUGAAUAUGAUUGCAUUAUGAAGUCGAUCGUAUUAAGUGUAUUGUUCAAAAUACCGAUUCGUUUGACAUAGAUUAUUUGGAGUUUUAAAACUUUUCUUUCCUAAAGUAUAAUGGAUUUGACCAGCCACAAAAUGUUCUUCAAAAAUAUACUACUGACGUCAAUGCAGGCCAGGAGAAAGAAUGUUCAGAUUGCAGGAUGGGGUUGGAGGGGAGGGAUUGUUCGGUGAGAAAAAAGUCAAUAAUUUGUAAUAUAAAUCGCGGGUAAGGGGGCAUCAAAGGUCUUUAUUUGUCAUAUAAAUUGGGAAGCGCCAACCAAGACCUUUCAUUUACGUAAAAACAUGAAUCCAAGAAUUGUUGUCUAUGAGUAAUUCAAUAUUAAAUAAAUAUUUUGGUAUACCUUUAGAAGAUUCUGGUAGGGGAUUUCCCCCAGGAAAACAAUAGAAUUGCGUACUAAAUAGUGGCCUCUGGUACACUUUCGGAUGCAAAAUUUGAAAUGAA